GUAACUGAGGUGAUCAACAAAUGGCCAGAUCUUCGAAGGAUUUCUUUUAUUGCACACUCAGUUGGAGGAUUAGUUGCAAGAUAUGCAAUUGGUAGAUUAUACAUACCUCCCGAAAGAAAAUCCCUGGAGGAUCCCCUGGAUACUGUCUGUGAUGACAGUAAAAGAGGUACUAUCUGCGGUUUGCAAGCAAUGAAUUUCAUCACAGUAGCUACACCUCAUCUUGGAUCUAGGGGAAACAAACAGGUCCCAUUUCUUUUAGGCGUCACUGCUAUUGAAAAAGUUGCAUCUUGUGUUAUUCACUGGAUUUUUAGAAGAACUGGCAAGCAUCUUUUUCUAACAGAUAAUGAUGAAGGAAAGCCCCCAUUGUUGCAACGAAUGGUGGAUGAUUGUGAUGAUCUUCAUUUUAUGUCUGCUCUGCAAGCAUUCAAACGCCGAGUGGCUUAUUCCAACGUUGGCUAUGAUCACAUAGUUGGCUGGAGGACAUCAUGCAUAAGACGCACUUCUGAGCUGCCUAAGUGGGAGGAUUCUUUGAGUGAGAGAUACCCACAUAUUGUAUAUGAAGAAUACUCAGCAGGAAGCAGAAAUGAUAAGUGCGCUAGUGACUCACUUAUGAAUGAUGACUGUGAUGUGUUAGAAGAGAAGCUGGUGACAGGCCUCACUCGUUUGUCUUGGGAGAGGGUGGAUGUUAGUUUCCACAACAUCAGCAUCCAGAGGUUUGCUGCACACAGUGUGAUUCAGGUUAAGGAUCCCUUCAUGCAUUCAGAAGGUGCAGAUGUUAUACAACAUAUGAUCGAUCACUUUCUUUGAAAGAGCUAAAGAAAUUUUUGGCCGUGCCGGACACCCAUCACUCAUCGGGUAUCGAUAAAGAGCUCCUGAAUUCUCGAUACAAAACUGGCUAACGAGAUUAAUAUAGUUAUAUCAAUCAGCCUAGAAGCUUUUCUUAUCUUAAUCCUGUAGUUCUCAGAUCUCUUACUGUCAGCAUUGGCAACUGUAUAAUAAUAACAUUUAAAGUUUCAAAACAUUACGAGAUUCAAUAUAUUUAUCCCUUA